AUGACUGACGUUGAAUUGGAAACACGUAACUUCCUGCGUGAACUUGACACAUUUGGUCAGCCACCACCACCACAACGUCUUGUAAGUGACGCAGACAGUCGAACACUAAGCAAAGAAUUUGAAUUAAAAUUGCAUCUUAUCAAUUUGGAGAAGCAAAAGCAUUUACGAAAUGGCACGACAAAUCCGAAAGCGGGAACAUCAUUCAGUCAUGUAGUUACUGAUGCUGCGAAUAAAAGUGAUAAACUUCGGAUACCUGCACGAAGUAAUACUAAUAAUGAUAUGAGUAAAGAUGAAAUUAUUAAACUUAAAGAACAGGUGCUAUCAGCCAGUCGACCUUUAAAUCCCUGGUAUGAUCAUCAACACCAAUCUCCCAAUACAUCUCGACUUUAUGCUCGAAAUACGUUUGCAAAAUAUUACCAAAAUGAUAAACCAUCAACCACGCAGGCACCAGCAUCAUUUUCACUACAUGGUAGAGAAAAUUCAUCACAGUACCAUCCUAUUAAUGUAGCUACGGUAUCCGGUGAUAAUACAAUAUUCAGCGUAAUAAAUGCAAAGAAAUCAAAUCGUGGUGAAAAUGCUGCUUCUUUAAGUCCAGCAAGUGCUUACAGUAAUACAGAAACGUCACAUUCACCAAUUUCAACCAGUGCAUCUAGCAUGGCUAAUUCGUUAGACCCUUCGGAAGAUACUCAUCAAACGAUGCAAUUUACUACUAAAGAUUUUCGUUUUUUAAUUCCACCUGCUAAAACAUACUAUCAUAGUGGACCACCCAUUUCUCGUCCUCUCCAGUUUGUUGCAGCAAAUCAACGAUUUAUUUCGUCUUUUGAAAGUAAAAAUCCAUCAGCUAAUGUAAUUCCACCGUGGAGAAACAAAAGCGUUGAUUCAGUGGCAUCUGCGGAUUCUGGAAUUUCAUCACAGCGUAAAAAGUAUGAUGAAAUAACAAAUAACUUGGAAAAACAAUUAAAUUUAAGCAGAAAACCAAUUGGUUUAUGUGAAAUAUGUCAAAAAGCAGUAAUAGAAGAAAGUGAUGCAACUUGCGCACUUGGCCAGCUUUACCACCAAAAUUGCUUCACGUGUGAUAUAUGUGGCAGAACGCUAAAAGGCAAAAAGUUUUACAAAACUCAGAACAACAAGUAUUGCGAAGAGGAUUACCUUUAUCGAGGGAUUCAUGAAACUUCACAACGAUGCGCUGCAUGCUCACAUUUUAUAAUUGAUAUGGUAUUACAAGCACUUGGGAAAUCUUACCAUCCACGCUGUUUUCGUUGCAAAGUGUGUAGAACUUGUCUCAACGGCAUACCAUUUGCUGUAGAUUCAGAAAACAACGUUUACUGUAGCGAUGAUUAUCACAAACUUUUUGCACCGAAAUGUUCUGCUUGUCGACAAACUAUUAUGCCAAAUAAGGAAUCUGGCGAAACAAUACGUGUGGUUGCGCUUAAUCGAAGUUAUCAUAUUGAAUGCUAUUCUUGCGAGGGUUGUGGAAUGCAGUUGACGGAUGAGCCUGAGAAACGGUGUUAUCCACUAAACGAUCAUUUAUUAUGCAAAAACUGCCAUAUGCACUGGUUAAGAACUGGUGGUGACGAGAAAUUAAUUACUGAUUUGUGA